UCGAAUUUAAAGUCUAGUUGGGCACCGUAUCAACAUAACUCCUUUGUGAACAGGUGUAUCCUUUUUAAAGCCGGUUGAAUGAAAAAGCCUCGCAAGUUAUAACAAAAGUAAUAACCGCAACACUGGAAAUUUGUGAUGCCACACGUGUCCAGCGUUUGAGAGCAUCAGCUCGGAUCUUUUCGACUCGAUCAGCUGCCCUUUGUACACUACAAACCAAACUUCUUCUUCUUUUGCCUUAUUGGUGUUUAUCUGAUUUUCGUGCAAUGAUCAAAGGCAAGGAAAACGGUUCACAGCAUAAUUAUAAUCAGCCUAGAGUUGCCAGGGCUAUCCUGUCGCAAGUUCAAGCAGCACAAGGAAAUGAACAAACGAAAGCAGUUGUAAAUGAUGCCCCAGAAGUGGCCAAAAAGACAUUUCAAAGUUCGAAAACGGAAGAUGACUCCAACUUUGCCAAAAAGUCCAAUGAACUCAUGCCUCCUCCAAAAAUGCCGGGAUCGUCGAAGCCAGUUGAAAAUUCUGGUUCACAAAAGUCAGAGAAUAACAAGGAGAAAGUUGCUGGCAGCGAGACAACUAGUAAUAAAGAAAAAAAACAAGAGAAAAGCAGUUCAAAGAAACAGUGGUCCAUUACGGAUUUCGAUAUUGGCAGGCCUCUGGGCAAAGGAAAAUUCGGCAAUGUGUACUUGGCGAGAGAAAAAACUUCGAAAUUUAUUGUAGCAAUGAAAGUAUUAUUUAAGGAUCAGAUAAUUAAGGCAGAUAUCGAGCACCAAGUUCGUAGGGAAAUUGAGAUUCAAACACAUUUGAGGCAUCCGAAUAUUUUGAGAAUGUACGGAUAUUUUCAUGAUGAAACAAGAGUGUACUUAAUUUUAGAAUACGCUCCAAACGGAGAAUUGUUCAAGGAACUAAAUGCUCAACCAAACAAGCGUUUCAAUGAAAUCAGAGCAGCAACUUACAUCUCUCAGUUGGCUGAUGCACUAAAAUAUUGUCACACAAGAAAAGUUAUACAUCGAGAUAUUAAACCGGAAAAUUUACUUCUUGGCGUAAGCGGUGAAUUGAAAAUGGCUGAUUUUGGUUGGUCAGUUCACGCUCCGUCAUCCCGUCGCGAAACACUGUGUGGUACUCUUGAUUACUUACCACCAGAAAUGGUAAAUGGUCGUACUCAUGAUCAUACUGUAGACUUGUGGGGAGUUGGGGUUUUGACUUACGAGUUUCUUGUUGGAGAACCACCAUUCCUGGAUAAAACGUACGACGAAACUUACAAUAAAAUUAGGAAGGCAAAUUACAAAUUCCCCGCAUAUCUGAGUAAUGGAUCUAAGGAUCUUAUUUCUAAGCUACUCGUUGUUCAACCUGAACGGAGACUAAGUUUGGAUGGCAUACUCAAUCACCCGUGGAUUGUACAAAAUCGCACAACACAACCCACUCAAGUUAAUGCUAGAAAAUGAAUUCCAACCCAUCUAAAUGAAUCGAAAUUUACUGAGUUUUGGCAAAAACGUUUUUUGUUGCUUUUUUUUCAAAGUAACGUAAUUUCCAGUUAAAAUAUUAGAUUGAAGGAAACUCGUUUUUCAAGACUUAUUUCUGUGCAAGCACACAUUUUAAAAACUCGCAACAUCACUCAAGACUUUUUUUAGUACGAUUACAAAAAAGAAUUAAAGAAAAAUUAAUUGAAUAAUUUCUUGGGUGAGUGAUAAAAUUUUCAUUUCAUUGUUUUUUUUAACUUAAUGCUGAGAUGAAUGUAUUGUAUUUAACGUUAAUCAAAUACGAUCGUGAAUGAUGGUACACUACUGUUAAAGAUUUCGGUAAAACCUUCAUGAUUGAAUAAUUCGUAACAUCGCUUGAAUAUAGCAUAUGUGUAUAUAUAUAUUUAUAAAAAAAGUA